AUGUCACACCAAAACCCUGGUUCAACCCGUUCCAAACGAAGACAUGUCGAUCUUGAUGACAUUGAUCAAAGUGAACAAUUAUCUCGUGGCUUAGAUUCCUGGUCCCGUUUUAUUGUGAUUGAGGCAGCUAACAAACAACCUAUUAAGCUAAAUCCAUUCGCCAUUUCCAAAGCUGUUUUAGGAAUUUGCGGAGAAGUGAACAAUGUUACACGUCUUCGCAGUGGCUCUCUUCUCGUUGAGUGUACACGGAGACAGCAAUCUCUGAAUCUUUUGUCUGUAACUACAUUCGCAAAUAUUGAGGUUGCUGUGUCCGUCCACAAAACCUUGAAUUCUUGCCGAGGCAUUGUUCGAGACAGAGCUCGCUGCCUGUCCGACAUGUCAGAGCAGGAAAUUACUGAUGAACUGACAACUCAAGGGGUAACAGCAGUUAAGCGUUUUACUAUGAAAUCGAGAGAUGGUGACAUCAUCCCGUCAAACACUUAUCUGCUUACAUUUGCUCUUUCGGCCCUUCCUAAGUCAAUCAAAGCUGGUUAUCUCAACAUCGGAGUGGAGGUGUAUGUCCCCAAUCCACUCCGUUGUUUCAAGUGCCAAAAGUUUGGACAUGGUUCUAAAUUUUGCAAUCACUCUGUAGUCUGUCAGCGCUGUGGCGAAGGCCAUGACAACACUGACUGCACGGCUGAAGUGAAAUGUGCCAACUGCAAAGGAACACAUCUGGCUUCAUCAAAGUUAUGUCCUGAAUGGCAAAAACAGACAAAAAUCCUGAAGCUCAAACAUGAGAACAAUAUCUCGUUUUACGAGGCUAAGAAGCUCAUUGAAAAUCAAUCUCCACAAACUCCACUAACCAGAACAUAUUCUGCUGCUGUAGCUAUCGCUACUCCUGCAAAUCCUACAAAAACAUCCAUUUCUAUCCAGACAGAUUUGACAUGGAUUACAUCCGAUCAACCUGUUAACAUAUCUUCUGUAGUAACUUCACAUACAUCUUCCACUCAAACAGUAGGCCCAUCCGAACCUUUGACUGCUGAAGCUGGUGUGGAGUCUGUUGCUAAAGAUCCAGAGGCUGUAGAACCAGCUACUAUCGAAUCUGCCGUUGUUACUCUGACAAGAAAAGAAAGAAAAAAAUUAAACAGAAAACAAACUCCUUUGAAAUCCUCGUCUUCAGAGGUUUUUCUCAACAACCCCUUUGAUGCUCUUGACAUGGAUGUCACCCCAUCUCCAGAGACCAGAAGGGGUUCUUCUUCCUCACAUUCUCGUGAGCGUUCACCAAUUGAGCCACCGUGA